ACCUGCAUGCCCACCAAAGCCAGUUAAAAUCCCAACCCCCAUUCCCCUUAUUCAUAUAUAGACAAAAAACCAGCAUCAAGAAAAACCACACCCCCUCCUCACCUCCCCACAAGGCAAAAGAUAACAUAUAUAUAGAUUUAGAGAGAGAAAGAGAAAGACAGACAAAAGCAACCAUAUGCAACCGGAGAGAGAAGAGAUGAACCUAGAGGAUCGGAGACUGAAGCCGGAACCUGAGAAUCAACAGCAACAUCAACAGCAACAGCAGCCUCAGAAAUGCCCUCGCUGUGAGUCUUUGAACACCAAGUUUUGUUAUUACAAUAAUUACAGCCUGUCUCAGCCCCGUUACUUCUGCAAGACUUGUAGAAGGUACUGGACUCAAGGCGGGACCCUCAGGAACGUCCCUGUCGGUGGUGGUUGCCGUAAAGGAAAGCGCGCCAAAACCUCAACUUCCGGCCAAAACUCGAGGUCUCAGGCGCAGCCAGAGCCACCUCUGCCGCCGCAGCAACCAUCGCAACAGGUACAACAAAAUAUGGCAAAUCCACCGGCGAUCAUCUCUUCAGGUUCUGUAAUGACCACUACUCCGGCUAUGAGGACCAUAGAGCCCGGUGCCUUGCCCUCUCAGUACUAUCCUGGUUCUGGGUAUUUGUCUUCUCUGGCUGCGAUUCAUUCUUUGAACCAAUCACAGCCAUUCGAUCAAGCUCUCGACGUUGGGACUGAUCAAUUGGCAGGAAAUAACUCUUCGAAUAUGAGCCUCUUGCAGGGUUUCAGUGUCUCUUCCUUCGGCUCGCAGCAGCAGCAGCAGCAUCAGAUUCAACCAUCUCAGACUCACUUCUAUCAAACGGCAGGUAAUAGAGACAAGAGCAUCAACGAAUCUCUGUACCAAUCGGAGGAAAACUUAAUUCAGACUGCUGCCGGGAGGUCUACUAGUUCUUCUUCGCCUCAUGAAUGGCCUCACAACUUCAUGAACACUUCCGGAGCUACUACGGCCUCUUCGGAAAGCGCUUUGUGGACCAUGGGCAACACAAAGGCUACUGCCAACACCACCAGCGCAGGUUCUUCUUUUAAUCCAAAUCAAUGGCCUGAUCUACCAGGAUAUGGCCCUCCUCCAUGACUGCUGCUUUUCUGUGCUAGCCAUUCUUGUUAGCUCCCUUCGAAAUCCAACAUGCAGAGCCAGCACAGCAAUUGAUUAUUUCAUAUUGUAUACCCAAAAAAAAAGAAAGAAAGAAAAAAAAAGAGGAUCUCAUAAUACCCUCUCAGUCCUCCUCAUUUUGGACUCGGUUAAAUUUUGUCUGGUUAGGGGCAAAUGAUCCUAGUUUUUCAUUUUCAUGAACAUAGAAUAGAAAAGAAUUUUGUGAUGUGGGCAUUUAUUGUAAAUGAAAAGGAUAUAGCGGUCGUCGCCCUUUUCCUUUUUUCUCAUAUUAUAGAGAAUUUAAUUUCUGGGAUUUGGAUUAGGUACUAGUUAAUGUGUUUGAACUUAAUUUUGAUAAAAAGUUGAACGAGAUAAAUGUUCAAUUUCGCUUUA